ACAGAAUAUGCUGCGUCACGGAGAUACACCGGAAGUAACAUCCUUGUGUUGUCCGUGCUGCAGCCAUGAAGACGACAGGAGGAAACUGCUCUGGACAGUCAGAAAUAACGAUGGAGGAUGUACAAAACCUUGUUAAGAAGAAAGAUGAAAUAGAAGAGCAGAUUAAAGCUUAUUACGACGUUUUGGAAGACCAAGGUGUCGGAGUUGAGGAGCCCUUGAUUGACGAAGAGGGCUUCCCCCGAUCAGAUGUUAAUUUAUACCAGAUCAGGACGGCGAGACACAACAUCUCAUGCCUGCAGAACGAUCACAAGGCCAUCAUGGUGGAGAUAGAAGAAGCCCUGCACAAGCUGCACGCACGAGAGAAAGCGAAGCGGCAACAGGAUGAGACGGAAGCCCAGGAGGAGGCGAUGGAGCAGCAGGUCACUCUUCCUCCUCCAUUUGCACGAGUGGAUGCUGUGACACAAGGCUCACCUGCCUGUGGAGCUGGGCUCAGAGUCGGCGAUGAACUUAUUGAGUUUGGUUCUGUGAACACAGGGAACUUUCAGAACCUUCAGAAUAUUGCCUCUGUGGUACAACACAGUGAAGGGAAACCAUUACGUGUCACAGUCAUCCGGGCAGGCCAGAAAGCUCAGAUGAGCCUGACUCCGCAGCGAUGGUCAGGCAGAGGUCUGCUGGGAUGCAACAUCGUUCCACUUCAUCGAUGAUCACCAUGACUUUGUGCAGAAUUUAAACUGUUAAAGCCUUUCCUCCACUGAUGAUGAUACCCCUGGGUGGAUUCAAAUGGACUUUCUACACACUGCAGACAUUUCUUCUUCCACCUCUCCAUUAGAGAAGUCAUGCUGAGUUUUCUGAGCGAUCGCUAAAUAAACAUUACUAACUUACAGUGCUCUGAUUUAGAAUCCUACAUGCUCAAAUAAUUCAUGUAACAAAUGGCAUUGCAGUUGUUUUAUUGAUCUAUAUCUAGUGUGAGACUACCACUAAUUAAAAUGAAGGAUUAACUAAGGGUAUCCAUCAAAAGUCUGUGUGAACCUGGAAGAGCUUUGAGAUAUCUUCUACUGAUCUGAAAUGAUGAACAGACUAAAAAGCAAAAAAAA